CUGACAGACUGUCUCUGCUCCUGAGUGACAAAUUUUGCAUCAUCUGUCAAGUGGAAGGAUUGAUCAGAUUGGAGCAGCAGUCACCCCCUUGCACAUAAACCAGAGCAGCUUUUUCUCUAUAGCUCUUUUGACGUCAGCCCUCGUACAGACAAUAAGCUGUGAAUUCUAAUGCUGAAACGAAUAGAGCUCAUUGGAAGCUACAGCAAAGCAAAGGGGUGUUUUGCGGAAGCCAUUACAGUCUCUGUAAAGCAUUCUGAAUAAUUUUCUUUAACUGUGUGGGAACUUGUAUUGCUGCAAGGGGAGAAAAAAGGAAUGCUGCACACUCCAUAGGUGGCACUAGGGAAUGGUAAAUGAAUACUGAGCGUUAGGUUUGCUAAAGGAAGAUCAUUUGGAAUCUGUCUGGCAGAAAGAAAGGAUUGGACUGAAAGAAGAGCAGACAUGUCUGCAAAGGAAAGACAGAAAAUGAGAGUUACAAAGGACAGCGUUACAUUGCUGCCAUGCUUUUAUUUUGUGGAGCUGCCGAUUUUGGCUUCUUCUGUGGUUAGUCUAUAUUUUUUGGAGCUAACAGAUGUCUUUAAACCAGUAAAUUCGGGGUUUAGCUGCUAUGACAGAAGUCUCAGCAUGCCCUAUAUUGAACCUACCCAGGAGUCCAUCCCUUUCCUGAUGCUGCUGUGCUUGACAUUUGCAGGACCUGCAGCAACGAUCAUGGUAGGAGAAGGUGUUUUGUACUGCUGCUUGUCUAAGAGAAGAAAUGGAAUAGGAGCAGAAGCCAAUAUAAAUGCUGGAGGAUGCAACUUCAACUCUUUCUUAAGAAGAGCGGUCAGAUUUAUAGGGGUCCAUAUUUUUGGAUUAUGUUCUACUGCUCUGAUAACUGACAUUAUUCAACUCUCAACUGGUUACCAAACCCCAUAUUUCUUGACUGUGUGUAAACCUAACUACACGUCUUUAAAUAUAUCCUGCAAAGAAAAUCCAUAUGUUUUGGAAGACAUUUGUUCUGGCUCGGACCUUGCAGUUAUAAAUUCUGGGAGAAAGUCAUUUCCUUCUCAACAUGCCACGCUUGCAGCAUUUGCAGCAGUCUACAUUUCUAUGUACUUCAAUGCUACAUUAACAGACUCCUCUAAAUUACUGAAACCAUUGUUGGUGUUCUCCUUUAUAAUAUGUGGGAUUAUAUGUGGCCUCACACGUAUAACACAGUACAAGAAUCACCCUAUUGAUGUCUACAGUGGAUUUUUAUUGGGAGGAGGCAUUGCUAUAUAUUUGGGACUUUAUGCUGUAGGAAACUUUCAGCCAAGUGAAGACAACAUUCCUCAAAAGCCACCUCCUCCAAUUAGAGAACCUUUAAGAUCUUUAACAGAAAUAAGUCAAGAUGUCAAUAGAAUUCUACCAGGAAAGAAUGGCAGCACCACUGAUGGCAUCUCUACCCAUCAUGUAGAAAAUAUCUUGACCAGAAAUCAUAGGGAAUCAGGCUCUCUCACAAAUAUUAAGAGAGCAAGUACCGAUGUGGAAGUAAUCACACCACGAAGCCCUAUGGGAAAGGAGAACAUGGUAACAUUCAGCAAUACUCUGCCAAGGGUGCAUACACCCUCUUUUGAAGAUCCAGCUAGAAGAAAUGCAACAAUCCAUGCAUCAAUGGAUUCAGCCCGUUCAAAGCAACUCCUAUCCCAAUGGAAGACUAAAAAUGAAAGCCGUAAGCUGUCUUUGCAGGUCAUUGAGACUGAAGCUGGUCUUUCCCCACAAAGGAUAAUAGAAAUGAGGUCUAGCUCUGAGCCAGUGAGGGUUGGUGUUAAUGGAGAGCACAUAGGACCAGGCAAUUCUUAUCUUAAACUACAACCUGGCAGUAUUCCAGGCUGCAACAAUACUGGUAUACCUGGUGGGCCAAGAGUCUCAAUUCAGUCAAGGCCUGGGUCCUCCCAGUUAGUGCAUAUUCCUGAAGAAACACACGAGAAUAUAAUUACAACAUCUCCUAAAUGUAGUUCUGCCAGAUCAAAAUGGCUUAAAGUGGCUGAGAAAAGUGUUGUUUGUCGAAGUAAUAGUCAACCGAGAAUCAUGCAGGUAAUAGCCAUGUCAAAACAGCAAGCAAUGCUUCAAGGGAGUCCAAAGAGUUCAGAAGGAAGCACAGUUAGUUGCACUGGCUCAAUCAGAUACAAGACUCUCACAGAACAUGAACCAAUAAAUAUUGUACGAAUUGAAGCCCAUCCAGAAAACAACAGGCCAAUAAUACAGAUGCCUUUAGAAGGAGAAGGCAGUGGAUCUUGGAAAUGGAAAGCUCCUGAGAUAGGUACCUUGCGGCAAGCCUAUGAGCUGAAUGACCUCAACAGAGACUCCGAAAGUUGUGAAUCCUUAAAAGACAGUUUUGGGACAAUUGACAGAAAAAGGAGCAACAUAGAAAAUGAUCACCUUCUUCAUGGAAUUACUACAAUACGAGUUACACCAGUGGAGGGAAGUGAAAUUGGGUCAGAGACUGUAUCUAUUGCUUCGAGCCGUGAUUCUACUCUAAGAAGAAAAGGCAAUAUCAUUUUAAUCCCAGAAAGGAGUAACAGCCCUGAGAGCACUCGAAACAUCUUCUACAAAGGAACUUCACCCACUCGCACCUACAAAGAAUGAAACAAUAUGUGAGAUUUCCAUUGGUUUAAGAUGAAUUAAUACUACAUUGAUAACGCUUGUGCUCUUAUUAGUUUGGGAGAUAAUGCUAGAAAUAGUAUUAUAUGUGCCAAUUUACUAAUGAUCGAAUGAUCGAAGGUAAAAGUUUCUGAUGAAGAAUGGAAAAUUUAGAACUUGUGCAGAAGGGCUGAAAAAAGCACAAUGCUUAGAAGUCAAACCAAUGUGAAGAAUCAAACGCAUUAUACAAUCAAUUUCCUUAAAGAAAAAAGUGAUUAUAGGAAGAAAUGUGAUCUAACUAGAAAAUGCGUAACAGACUUUAGACACUUUAUUUCAUGAAUGUGCCAAUUCAGACAUAUUAUGACCUAAAUCUAAGAAUUUAUAGUUUUCACAGCAAAAAUAAAGAAAAGAUUUAUUUAAUGUAAAAUAUUUACAUUUGCCGUUUAUGCACUAAAAUAAAAAUUAAAGGUGAAAUGUGGUGCUUUGAGUCUAGAUAGCAUAUCAGCUAAAGCACAUAAGGAAUAUUAAUGUGUUCUUCUUUUGACAGUCAAGUUGCUUCUGUAUAGAAUAGGACAUACAGCUCUGUAAAUGCGGAUCAAUCACACUUAACUUUCCAGAUUUUGGUGUGGAUCCGAUUCACCAUGGUAUUAUUGUUUCUUUUGUUAACUAUAAUUUCUGAAUUCUGCUUAACAUUUAUUAAGUGCAGAUCAUACUAAAGAAAUAAAGGUGCUCAAUAUUAGGGACAUUCCUACUGACAGAAUCAUUAUCUCCUGGAGAAUUUAGAGACUCUGAAUGUUUUUAUCCUUAUUUUAUGAUUAACCUUCACUAUCCCACACCAAAACAGGGUUUAAUGUAUUUUAGGUGUAAAGGUAUACUUUAAUGUUUUUAUGAGAAGGUAACUAAAAGUUUCCUAUUAUUAAUGCAGAAUACUGCAAGAUAUUAUUGGGAGCACCAAGUAGUGAACCUGGGGUUUACACAAAUUUAAUAGAAAAUGCUUAAGUCCAAGAGAUUUAAAUGGUAGCACAAAGAAAGGCACAAUAAAAGGAAUGUCUGUGAAGAUGUAAGCAAUAUUGUAACAAAUGUGUAAGGUGUGGAAUUUGGCACAGUACAAUUAGUAAUACAGUUAUAUGACAUUUAAUGAAACAAUGCCAGUUUAUAAAUGGUACAUGUUGCUUAAAAAUCAUUGUCACUAUCUCAGAAAGAAUAUACAUACACCAUAAAUACUUCACAGAAACAGUUCAUGAAAGAAAUAAAAGUCUGACUGUCAGAUUUGACAAUUCACUGAUUUUCCAACUGGCAUUUAAAGCAGCUGCAGGCCAAUAGACUACUGUUGCAAGACAAGGAAUUCAUCAAGAAGUCACAAAUUAAGACUGCUGGCAGUCUACUUUGUCACCCCAGAGGAAACUGGUAAUGAUAGUUGAUAUAGGGGCAUAAUGAUUAAAGGGUACAGAUAAGAGACCCUUCCUUAUGGGUCUUAAGAGUAGAGUAUUUUCUGGUAAUUCUAUGGGAAAUUUCUCUCUAUAAUUAAUAUGCCCGCUGAAGUUAAAAUGUUUCUACAUUUUUGUGCAGCACGUGUAGAGCAAUAUCCUGUAACACCUCCCUUCAGCUUUUUUCUCCAAUGUCCACGCUCUCUAUGUCUCAUGUCAGGCCACAGGUAAACAAUGCUAAGCACAGAUGUUUUGCAUCAAGGAUGGUGCUGGCAGUGCUGGAAUUGAGGAUAUGGUUACAUGAAAGGUUGUCAUCUUCAAAUUUGCACCUCUUUCUGAUGCAGACCAACUUUAUAACUGGCCAUAUAUAAUAUUUAAAAUGAUCUUAUGGUAAAGACCAUAUUAUAUAACAUUUACAUGUCUGGUUUCUUACUUUGAGGGAACAUGGGCUUUUACAGUCUCUGUGCUGUUUUCAGAUGGAGCUUCUUUUUGAGUUGUCCCUGAACAGAUAUAACUAAGGUUGUAAAAAUAAAAAUGAUCUGUUUUUAAUACAAGUAGCAAGCAGACACUAGUGAUGGGCUAAAUGCAUUGAAGUCAAUGGGCGUUUUUUCUAGAGCAAAAAAUGCAUUGGAGUAAAAAGUGUUUAUUUGGGGCAAAUUUUUACCACCAAUUCAUGAAAUAAAAUACAGAAUUUCACUACCAAGCCAUGCCUGGCUCAUCACUAGUAGAGAUGUUAUUAGAAGUUGCAGGAUUGAGGCCCCCAGUCCUAAGAUAGAGAGACUUGUUCCUAUUUUCAGCAUUUUCAAGGUUGUUAUAAUAUAAAAGCAUUCUGCAAAAUUACAAGAAACAUCAAAAUGCCUUCAAAUAGCUGAAAAACAACACAGUCAAUGUGCAUUCCUACAUGCUGGUGUUUAUAAACCUCAGCAGGGUUUUACAGAUUCUACAGCUCAAUCCCAUUCUGCAUACUUCCGGACACAGGGUUAUUUUAUAACAUGGGCAACGUUUGUGAUAGGAAAGUAACCCAGAUGUUUGCUUUCAUUAUUCUAACGGGACUAGGCUGCUGAGCACUAACUGUUAAUUCAUUGCUAUGGCUACAAGAAAGAAAACUCUGCCCAUGUUAUUGCAUAAUAUCCAUUUAUGCAAUAAACCAUUCGCUGUAUAUUCAUGAAUCCAAUAAAUUACAUUUGACCAUUUGGCAUACCCCCCCCAUUAGGUCGUUCAGAAGUUUAUUAACCAAUAUAGAACUAAGGUUUAAGUGAUUUUAAAACUCUGUACAGUUCAGGUAUAAUGAGAUUUUCUUUUUUCUGCUCAAGCGUUCCAAAGUCUUAAACGAGAUUUCUGAGUGUUUCAGCAAUCCCUGAAACUGUGCUUUUAACAUGAAUCACAUUCAUGUAAGUCAUUUUAUACUUAAAGUGCCAAAAUCUGUUUUUUUAUAAAUGCCGUAUUAAAUCAUAUUAUAUUGUGAAACGCCGACUACAGAUGAAACAAAUUGAAUCACUUGUUUAAAGAGACACCUGCAGAGAUAUUUGAUAAAAGAUAAUGCCUUUUGUAAAUGUCACCUUUGUUUACAUUAUACUAAUACCUUAAUUUCAAAACAAUUAAUUACCAGAUGGCAUCUUUUUAAAUUUCUAAUUUUCUUACUUGCUAAAGAGGGCACUAAUUUCUUUGUGAGGCUGGGCUUUAUUGAAUAAAGACUAAUAAAUAUGACUAUGUUUUUCAACAAGAAAUCCUCUAUGUAAAGUAAUGUGUUUAAUAAAAUGUUAUGCAAAUGUUUUCAAACUGAAAAAUUUGUAAAUUGCUAUAAAUGUAUUUUAUCUAAGUAAAAAUCAAUGCUAUCAUGUGAGUUUAUUGUGUAUAACAUCACAAAAUAAAGAUAAAAUCUCCUGUG